AUGCCCACACUCCUAGCACGUCUCCGGCCGUAUCUACAAUCACCGGUGAAAUUGACUACAAUUCGGAGCUUCACCAUCUCCCACAGUCUACGCGAUCCCGCCGCCGCCGAUGUAGCUGCGUCAUUCCUCUCGCGCUUUCAAUCAUUAGGGCCCCAGACCCGCACUCAAACACUAGAUGCAAACCAACUUCAGCUUUUGACCCUCACACUCAAUCGACCCUCCCUUUUUCCUGGCUCUUCCUCGCUCUCCAAUGCCCCAACGGGUCCGCCAGCCGAAACACCCGUUCCACCCGGAUACCAUCUAGUAUACUUUACCCCUGCUUUCUUGGAGACCGAGCUCGGUGCAGACGGUACAGAUGCAUCAUAUAACCCCGACGCGCCCUUUACACGCCGUAUGUGGGCAGGUGGUGAGGAGGUGCAAGAGACAACACACGUAUUGAGUGCCGAUCACAAGGUUGUCAAGAAAACGGGUGAAGAUAUGAUCGUGGUCGGAGUCGAGAAAGUGUUUUCGAAUGGACAGGGUGUCUCUGUCAUUGAUCGGAGGAACUGGGUAUUCCGCAAGGCCUUAUCACCGCCAUCAACGUACUCUGCGUCAAAUGAUCGAUUCCCGCCCUCAAGUUCUCAUACUGCGGUCCCUAAGCAGACCGCGAUAUCCACUGAAGGCAAAACCCAUUCGCGGACCUUUGUACAGACUCCAGCGACUCUCUUCCGAUUCUCUGCAUUGACCUUUAAUCCGCAUAAGAUUCACUACUCACUUCCCUGGGCGCGUGAUGUCGAGGGGCACAAAGAUGUAGUCGUUCAUGGGCCCUUGAACCUGAUCUCGAUCUUGGACCUCUGGAGGGAUACUCAAGGUAGAAAGAUCGCGGAUCCCACUCUAGUGGUGCCUCGGCGCAUCUCAUACCGCGCCACAAGUCCGUUAUAUGCCGGUGAUGAGUAUUCGGUGAAGUUGCAAGAGGAAGAAGAUCGGGCCAAAGUGCAAAUCGUGGGGACGAAUGGAGUGGUCGCAAUGAAGGCUGAGAUUGAAUAG